UUUUCUAAACGUCAAAUAAAAAAAUAAAAUGAUUAAUUUUAGUUCGCUGAAUCAUAAGCUUUUCAAGAGUUAUUUCCAAAAACAUUAUAUGAGUUCUCAUAAUCUUUUCCCGCAUGGUCCUUCAAGAUUUCAGUGGAAAAAGUUUAAAGAUUUGAUGAAUAUGUAUCUAUUAAUAUCAAUAAUUCCUCUAGGAGGUUUAAUAACGUACUGUCAUAUUUAUAUCGGACCAGCAACUUUAUCGGAAAUCCCUGAAGAUUACGUUCCGAAAUGUUGGGAAUAUUACAAACAUCCCAUAACUCGAUUUAUAGCGAGGUACCUCGUUACCGAUCCUCAAGAAGAUUAUGAAAAAUAUCUUCACCAUAUUUUCGAAGAAGACGAAAAACGAAGAUUGAGAGCAUUAGAAAGUCAAAUCAUAUUCAGUCUAAGAGAUAAUUUAGAUUAUAAGUCGUAUUAUUACCGACCGGUUUUAGCUAAAUAUCAUCGAUUACAUAAACAAUGCGCCGAUAAAAUUGCAGAAAUAAUGGGCGAUUAAUUUAAAUUGUAAAACUAUUUUUAUUUAAAUAAAUCAGCUUGAAAAUUCAA